UUGAAGAGCCCACAUGCUGCCCUUAUGUAGUAUAUAUAUACCCACAAAUCUCUGUAACUUCCUCUUCAGUGAAUCCCCUUCUUCUUCUUCUUCCCCAAAUCCCCUCUUCAUUUCAUACAGAAUCUACAGCUUCACACCAUUAUGGCCACCACAGCAACAGAUAAAGUGGUGGAGACAGUGAUCGCCGGAAAUUAUGUCGAAAUGGAAGCCGACGGCAACCCUCCCAAUGUCAAAACCAAGCUCUCCAAGCUCUUCUGGCAUGGCGGCUCCGUUUACGAUGCUUGGUUUAGCUGUGCUUCAAAUCAGGUUGCCCAAGUUUUGCUUACUCUACCCUAUUCGUUUUCCCAACUGGGAAUGCUCUCUGGAGUUCUGUUUCAGCUCUUCUAUGGCUUGCUUGGUAGCUGGACUGCUUAUUUAAUUAGUGUACUCUAUAUUGAAUACAGAACUAGAAAAGAAAGGGAAAAAGUUGAUUUCAGAAACCAUGUUAUUCAGUGGUUUGAAGUUCUUGAUGGGUUGCUUGGGAAACAUUGGAGGAAUGUGGGUUUGGCAUUUAACUGCACUUUUCUUCUGUUUGGAUCUGUUAUUCAACUUAUAGCUUGUGCAAGUAAUAUUUAUUACAUAAAUGACAACCUAGACAAGAGAACUUGGACAUACAUCUUUGGAGCUUGCUGUGCCACCACUGUCUUCAUUCCUUCCUUUAGAAACUACAGAAUCUGGUCCUUUCUUGGUCUCUUAAUGACCACUUACACAGCUUGGUACCUCACCAUUGCCUCCAUCCUCCAUGGCCAGGUGGAGGGAGUUAAGCACUCUGGUCCAACCAAGUUGGUCCUUUACUUCACUGGGGCCACCAACAUUCUUUACACAUUUGGUGGGCAUGCUGUUACAGUGGAAAUCAUGCAUGCAAUGUGGAAACCUCAGAAAUUCAAGGCAAUUUACUUGGUGGCCACUGUGUAUGUGCUAACACUGACACUCCCAUCUGCAGCUGCUGUGUAUUGGGCAUUUGGAGACAUGCUUCUUAAUCACUCAAAUGCCUUCUCUCUUCUCCCAAAAUCACCCCUCAGAGACAUGGCUGUCAUCUUAAUGCUCAUCCACCAGUUCAUCACAUUUGGAUUUGCUUGCACACCUCUUUACUUUGUGUGGGAGAAAGCCAUUGGAAUGCAUGAAUGUAAGAGCUUGUGCAAAAGGGCAGCUGCAAGAUUGCCUGUAGUCAUUCCCAUUUGGUUUUUGGCUAUAAUCUUCCCUUUCUUUGGUCCUAUCAACUCCACCGUUGGAUCUCUCCUCGUUAGCUUCACCGUCUACAUCAUUCCUGCUCUUGCCCACAUGUUCACCUUCCGAUCGCCUGCUUCCCGUGAGAAUGCGGUGGAGCAACCGCCGAAGUUCACCGGAAGAUGGGUCGGAGCAUAUGUGAUCAACGCAUUCGUGGUGGCUUGGGUGUUGGUCGUUGGGUUUGGUUUUGGUGGGUGGGCUAGUGUGACCAAUUUCGUACAUCAAAUCGACACUUUUGGGCUUUUCACCAAGUGUUACCAAUGCCCACCACAAUCGCCGCCGUCUCUGCUCAAUGUUACAGCGGCGCCACCUCCACAGCAUCAGCACCACCUCCACCAUCCUGGCAACCAUUGAUGAUUGAAGGUAGCAGAAUGAUGAAUUUGUUGCGGUUAAGGAAAGGGGUGAUUGGGAUGUGUUUUCUUUGCUCUGUACUGCAGCUUUUGGUUUGAUUAGAGAGACAGAGAGAAGAGGGGUAAAAUUCAGAGUUGGCGAAUGUCGCUCUUUUUCAUCCAAAAUAGUACAUUAUCCUUAUUAUUC